GGCCAGGCUGCACCGGAGCAUCUCGCCGGAGCCCCGCACACAAUAGCGGCGCGCGCAGCCCCGCACCCCGCCGCUCGGAUCCCUCCCCGCCCCCUCCGCCUCACCUGCGGCCCGGGGGUCGGCGAGGAAGACAAGGAGACGAGCAUUGUUUCCCCACCACCGUGACCACCACCACCACCGUGACCACCGCCGCCGUCUCCGCCUCCUCCGCACCGGGGCUAAUGGGGACCUCCGGGCACCCGGGGCCCGGCCUGGCGAGGGCUCCCAGGCGUCCCCGUUGAGACGAAUCCACUCUGUUCUCUCUGCGCGUCCUUCUGUCCCCACGCGCGCUCGCGCCCGCAGGUGACCCUCCCCACCCCCCGCCCCUCGCUCUGCCCCCGCGCGCGCGCGCGCGCGCGCUCGCCAUGGUGGACCCCGUGGGCUUCGCCGAGGCGUGGAAAGCUCAGUUCCCGGACUCGGAGCCUCCGCGCAUGGAGCUGCGCUCGGUGAGUGACGUCCAGCAGGAGCUGGAGCGCUGCAAGGCCUCCAUCCGGCGCCUGGAGCUGGAGGUGAACCAGGAACGUUUCCGCAUGAUCUACCUGCAGACGCUGCUGGCCAAAGAGAAGAAGAGCUACGACCGCCAGCGCUGGGGUUUCCGGCGCACCGCGCACUCCCCGGACGGCGACGCCGAACCCCGCGCCCCCGCCGCCGCCGCCACCCCGCGCCCGCCCCCUGCGCCCCCCGACGGAGCCGAGACGUCGCCUGCCACCGAGGAGCCCGAAGCCCGGCCGGAUGGAGAAGGGUCCCCAGGUAAGGCCCGGCAGGUCACCUCUCGCAGACCCACGGCCGCCUCCACGCCGGUGGAUCGGGACGAACGGGGAGGACCUCCCACCAGCGUGGCGGCUCUCAGGUCCAACUUCGAGAGGAUCCGCAAGGGACCUGCCCAGCCGGGAUCGGCCGAUGCUGCCGCCGAGAAGCCCUUCUACGUGAACGUCGAGUUCCACCACGAGCGUGGCUUGGUGAAGGUCAACGACAAAGAGGUGUCGGACAGGAUCAGCUCCUUGGGCAGCCAGGCCAUGCAAAUGGAGCGCAAGAAGUGCCAGCAAAGUUCCGGGCAGGGCCUUGGGGAGACCCCCAGGCCCCAUUACCGUGGGCGCUCGUCCGAGAGCAGCUGCGGCCUGGAUGGGGACUACGAGGAUGCGGAACUGAACCCCCGUUUCCUGAAGGAUAACCUGAUCGAUGCCAACGGUGGCAACAGGCCCCCCUGGCCGCCCCUGGAGUACCAGCCUUACCAGAGCAUCUACGUCGGGGGUAUGAUGGUGGAAGGGGAGGGCAAGGGCCCACUCCUGCGCAGCCAGAGCACCUCGGAACAGGAGAAGCGCCUCACCUGGCCCCGCAGGUCCUAUUCCCCUCGGAGCUUUGAGGACAGCGGAGGGGGCUACACCCCCGACUGCAGCUCCAAUGAGAACCUCACCUCGAGCGAGGAGGACUUCUCCUCUGGCCAGUCCAGCCGCGUGUCCCCCAGCCCCACGACCUACCGCCUGUUCCGGGACAAGAGCCGCUCCCCCUCCCAGAAUUCGCAGCAGUCCUUUGACAGCAGCAGCCCCCCAACGCCUCAGCGUCAGAAGCAGCAGCGGCAGUGCCAGGUGGUGGUGUCCGAGGCCACCAUCGUGGGCGUCCGGAAGACCGGGCAGAUCUGGCCCAGCGAAGGGGAGGGCACGUUUUCUGGUGAUGCAGAUGUCUCCUUUGGAACGCCGCCUGGCUACGGCUGUGCUGCGGACCGGGCCGAGGAGCAGCACCGGCAGCAGGACGGGCUGCCCUACGCCAGCGACUCGCCCUCCUCUUCCCCCCUCCUCGGCAGCAAAGGCAGGGGCGGCCGAGACGCUCUGGCCCUGGGAGCUCUGGAGCCCACCAAAGCAGGCGAGCUGGACUUAGAAAAGGGCUUGGAGAUGAGAAAAUGGGUCCUCUCUGGAAUCCUGGCCAGCGAGGAGACUUACCUGAGCCACCUGGAGGCGCUGUUGCUGCCCAUGAAGCCGUUGAAAGCCGCUGCCACCACCUCUCAGCCUGUGCUGACCAGCCAGCAGAUCGAGACCAUCUUCUUCAAAGUGCCUGAGCUCUAUGAGAUCCACAAGGACUUCUACGACGGGCUCCUCCCCCGCGUGCAGCGGUGGAGCCAUCAGCAGCGGGUGGGCGACCUCUUCCACAAGCUGGCCAGCCAGCUGGGUGUGUACCGGGCCUUUGUGGACAACUACGGGGUUGCCAUGGAAACAGCGGAGAAGUGUUGUCAGGCCAACGCUCAGUUUGCAGAAAUCUCCGAGAACCUGAGAGCCAGAAGCAACAAGGACGCCAAGGACCUGGCCACCAAGAACUCCUUGGAAACUCUGCUCUACAAGCCUGUGGACCGGGUGACAAGAAGCACACUGGUCCUUCACGACUUGCUGAAGCACACCCCAUCCAGCCACCCCGACCAUUCCCUGCUGCAGGACGCCCUCCGCAUCUCGCAGAACUUCCUGUCCAGCAUCAACGAGGAGAUCACACCCCGCAGGCAGUCCAUGACAGUGAAAAAGGGAGAGCACCGGCAGCUGCUGAAGGACAGCUUCAUGGUGGAGCUGGUGGAGGGCGCCCGCAAGCUGCGGCACAUCUUCCUGUUCACCGACCUGCUGCUUUGCACCAAGCUCAAGAAACAGAGUGGAGGCAAAGCCCAGCAGUAUGACUGCAAAUGGUACAUUCCGCUCACGGACCUCAGCUUCCAGAUGGUGGAUGAGUCAGAAGCAGCGCCCAACAUCCCUCUGGUGCCAGACGAGGAGCUGGAUGCCUUGAAGAUCAAAAUCUCCCAGAUCAAGAGCGACAUCCAGAGAGAAAAGAAAGCAAACAAGGCCAGCAAGGCCCUGGAGAGGCUGAGGAAGAAGCUGUCGGAACAGGAGUCUCUGCUGCUGCUCAUGUCCCCCAGCAUGGCCUUCCGGGUGCAGAGCCGCAACGGCAAGAGCUACACGUUCCUGAUUUCCUCAGACUACGAGCGUGCAGAGUGGAGAGAGCACAUUCGGGAGCAGCAGAAGAAAUGUUUCAAAAGCUUCUCCCUGACGUCCGUGGAGCUACAGAUGCUGACCAACUCCUGUGUCAAACUCCAGACCGUGCACCACAUCCCUCUGACCAUCAACAAAGAAGAUGACGAGUCUCCCGGGCUCUAUGGCUUCCUGAACGUCAUCGUCCACUCGGCCACGGGGUUUAAGCAAAGUUCAAAUCUGUACUGCACCCUGGAGGUGGAUUCCUUUGGGUAUUUUGUGAAUAAAGCAAAAACGCGAGUCUACAGGGACACAACUGAGCCAAACUGGAACGAGGAGUUUGAGAUAGAGCUGGAGGGCUCCCAGACCCUGCGGAUACUGUGUUACGAAAAGUGUUACAACAAAACCAAGAUCGCCAAGGAAGACGGAGAGAGCACAGACAGGCUCAUGGGGCGAGGCCAGGUCCAGCUGGACCCCCAGGCCCUACAGGACCGAGACUGGCAGCGGACUGUCAUUGCCAUGAACGGGAUUGAAGUGAAGCUUUCAGUCAAGUUCACGAGCCGGGAGUUCAGCUUAAAGAGAAUGCCUUCCCGCAAACAGACAGGGGUCUUCGGAGUCAAGAUCGCCGUGGUCACGAAGAGAGAAAGGUCCAAGGUGCCCUACAUCGUGCGCCAGUGUGUAGAGGAGAUCGAGCGUCGGGGCAUGGAGGAGGUGGGCAUCUACCGGGUGUCUGGAGUGGCCACAGACAUACAGGCACUGAAGGCGGCCUUUGACGUUAACAACAAAGAUGUGUCGGUGAUGAUGAGCGAGAUGGACGUGAACGCCAUCGCCGGCACCCUGAAGCUCUACUUCCGCGAGCUGCCGGAGCCCCUCUUCACGGACGAGUUCUACCCCAACUUCGCCGAAGGCAUUGCUCUCUCGGACCCUGUGGCGAAGGAGAGCUGCAUGCUCAACCUGCUGCUGUCCCUCCCAGAGGCUAACCUGCUAACCUUCCUGUUCCUUCUGGACCACCUGAAAAGGGUGGCCGAAAAGGAGACGGUGAACAAGAUGUCCCUACACAAUCUCGCCACGGUCUUCGGCCCCACGCUGCUUCGGCCCUCAGAGAAGGAGAGCAAGCUGCCCGCCAACCCCAGCCACCCUGUCACCAUGACCGACAGCUGGUCCCUGGAAGUCAUGUCCCAGGUCCAAGUGUUGCUCUACUUCCUCCAGCUGGAGGCCAUCCCCGCCCCGGACAGCAAGAGGCAGAGCGUCCUGUUUUCCACUGAAGUCUAAAGGUCCACCCAACUGCAUCCUUCAAAGGCCAAGGGAGUGGCCUGGAAACCUGUGACGGAAGGGGCCGUCCACAGGGUGGGAAUGGAACAUUCUUGUGCUGUCAUUGAGUCUCUCCCAAGCUCCAGGCCCAGCCGUCUGCAAAGAGAAAAGAACGCGGAGCACAAAUGCCCCCCACCCCAAGUGGCCUAUUGUGUGUCUGCAAGCAAGCCCAGGGUUGACCUCAGACUGUGCUUUUCAGCGCUGCCACCAGAGGGCGCCCCAAGCCAGCAGGGCCUUGUGAGCAGGCCCUGGGCUGCGUGAGAAGAGACAAGAGAGUGGCUUUUAUGAACUUAAUUUAUCAGAGAGUUAAGAAAGAAAAUUCUGCUGGAUCAUUUGUCAUGAUGCUUUCUCUGGGGAGUAGGGGAGGCCACCAGAGUCCCUCACUGUCGAGUCUUGAAUAAGUCAUAGCUGCUGCUUCAUACGGUGGGGGUCGCCACCAUGUUCCUAUAUGGGGGGGGGGCAUUUUGAACUCCCUGACUUAGAUGUCCGACCCUGAUUUGGAAUGGGGUUUGAGACGCUAAGUGAAUGCCGUGUAACAUCUCGACUCUGCUCGCUUUUCUGUUGGUUUUGUUUUGUUUUGUUUUCUUUCUUUCUGUAAGGAUUCCUGUGCAGAAAAGGCAAUCAGCUUCAUGCUCUUUUCUGUUGCUUUUAUUAUUAUUAUUUUUAUUUUUCUGUUUGUGUGCUUCUCAGAGGCAGCUCCAUGUACAGUCCAGAAGUGUCCAGGGACCAGACACCGAGGGAAAGGAUGCCCAGGUUAUGCACCAUCCACUUAACUUCCCCAGACAGACAGACUGUGUCCGUGCACUUGGACUCCCCUAGCUGGCAUUGAUUCUCCUUAUUGACUCAUUAAGGCCUUGAUUUCUGUGGCCUCCCUCCACCCACUCGCCCAUCUCCCCAUUGCCCCCUACACAGAGGGCUUCCUUUGCCCUGUGCUCAGCCGAGCAGACUCAGUUAACUUUUGUAGAAAUUUCCUCCCGGCAGCAUCAGCUGCGGCUGACUGAUGGCUUGUUUUAAAACUUCGAUCCGAAAUAGCUUUUUUGAUACUUGACUAUUUUUCAGUUUUAUACAUAGUUUCUAGUUUUGUUUUGGUUUGGUUUUUUUCCUAACAGAUUCAGAUACUAAUAAGAUACUAGAAUGUAUUCCAUGGGCAUCCGUGCCCUCGCAUCAUCUGGUCUUCUCCCCAGAGCCAGCUCUGUUCUCAUCUGGAGCCACAUGGCUCAUGUCUCUGGAUCUCCAGACGCAUGGGCAGGGGGUGUUGGGAAAGCCAGGCCUGGGGCUGGGAGCUCCCACAGCAGACAGAAAGAUAGGCCCAUCCACCGCCCUUCCCUCCCCUCCCCUCCCCUCCCAUCCCACCCUUCCUGUUCCUGGGCGGGAGCCAUACCAUUUUCUGUACUCUGCCUGGCAACCUAGUGGGAAAAGCCAUCAAGUAUUUUAAAGAAACUAAUCCAUCAGGAGUUGCAUCACUCUUUAAAGCGGGGUUGGAAUUCCCAUACUUGGGAGGCUGAGGCAGGAAGACUGCUGCAAACUCACCGGGCCUGGCUUAGCCGGAGGACGAAAGGAAACCAGGCAGGCUUGGUGCCAGGACUGCUCCCGAAGGAGCCGCUGCCGCCCUGCUGAGGAGGGAGACCGCGUGGCUUGGGGAAAACAUAAGCUGGUUGUCACAUGAGAAUGCCAGUGCCCCAUUCCCAGCCCCCUUCCCAAGUCAAGCCCACCGCGCACUGGGAUCCU